AUGCCUCAGACCUUUGACGGCCUUGGACCAGAAGUGGCCGUGAGUUUCUCAUUAGCCUCAGUAGCAGUGGCACGACCGCUGAUGAUGAUGGGUGGCCUCUUCAUCAAUCUGGAGUCCGUUCCCGUUGGCUUGGUUUGGCUGAAAGCCAUAUCCAUGUUCCGCUACAGCUUUGAGGCUUUGAUGAUCAACCAGUGGCAAGACUUUGGCACCCUGCCGUGCGAGGGACCAUGCAUUGCAGAGAACGGUGAGGAUGUCUUAGUAUGGAGCGGCAUCAAUCCAGACAGCGCCAGUUACACAGUGUCGAUGCUUUACUUGUUGAUUCCUCUCUGCUGCUAUCACGGCUUGGCGUUCUUUUGCUUGAUGCGUCGAGCACGUCCCCGGCAGUUCGAGGGUGCUGCCCCAGAAGAUGAUACGAAGGGCGAGCUCCGUCGUCAAGAUGAGGAAAAGCCGAAGUUGACGGACAUUCCGCGGCCGGAGCUGUUGAUGGCUUGGCAAAAUCUUACAAUUGAAGUACAGCGAAAUGAAAUUGGCAAGGUGCAGACCUGCCGCAUUCUGGAUGGUCCCGGUGGCCACCUCGAGCCGGGACAGCUGAUGGCCAUCAUGGGACCCUCCGGCUCCGGGAAGUCCACGCUCCUGAAGUCCAUUGCUGGAAUUGGCGAGCUACCAUUGAUGUCAGGCUCCAGUGUGCAGGUCAAUGGUGGCGAAUGGACUCCGAUGAUGCGUGAUCAUUGCGGCUUUCUCUUUCAAGACGAGCAGCUCUUCUCAGGACUGACUGUUCGCGAGCACCUGCUCUUUCAAUGCCGAUUUCGCAUGGGCCUGUAUUCAAAAGCUGAAAGGGAACAGCGGGUGGAUGCGCUGCUGACGGAGCUCGGACUGAUGAAGUGCCAGAAUACCCUUAUCGGCAACAUCGGAGCCGGAAUUUCAGGCGGUGAGCGACGACGCCUGGCCUUCGCAACGGAGCUGUUGACCGAGCCUUCCGUGCUAUUUGCAGACGAAGCAACGAGUGGUCUGGAUUCUGCCAUGGCGUACAGCGUGUGCAAGAUGUUGAAGGAUUUCGCGCAAGGCGAGGGCUCCUCACGGAAGCGGACGGUUUUCGCGACCAUCCACCAGCCGAGUGAGGAGGUCUUCAAUUUGUUUGACAAGGUCAUGAUAUUGGUGGAUGGCAAGGCCGUUUAUCAGGGAACUCCUUCCGGUGCUUUGGGACACUAUGAAUCGCUUGGUCUGAUGUGCCCCCAUGACGAAAGUCCGGCUGACUUCUUCAUGCGGUGCGUGGCUGUCAACGCCGGUGAGGAGAACGCAAGGCAGGAAGCCCGCGAAAACGUCCAGAAGCUUCUUGGGGCCGUGCGGGAGGUCGAGGUGCCCAAAGUGCCAGCAAGUCAGGGACAGGAGAAGUCGCUAAAAACUUCAUCACUUGCUGCCCUGGGGGCUUUGGUGCAGCGUGAGUUUUUGCUACGCCGUCGGAGCAAGAUCCUCUUCAAGGCCGUCGUUGCCAGGACAGUUCUGAUGGCCGUCCUUUUCGGUGCGAUGUACUGGCAAAUUCCGAACGACCAGGCCUCAUGGCAGAGUGUCAUGGGCUUGCUCAACAUGAUUAUGAUCAACACCUUUAUGACGGCUGGCUUUGGCCUCACGCAAGAACUUCCGCUGGCUUUGAGGCCUGCAUUCCGCGAAACCACCGCAGGCAUGUACUCCAUCUCUGCAUGGUUUUGGUCCAAAGUCAUUGGUGAUUUCCCUGUGGACACCGUGGCUCCCAUCGUCCUCUCCUCUACGGUGUUCCUCAUGGCAGGAAUUGGCAAGACGCCGGAAUCGUAUCUCAUGUUCGUAUUGCUGACUGUGAUCACUUCGCAUAUUGGCUCUGCUUGGGGCUACCUUGCCAGCAUGAUCGGCGGCAGAAUUGAGUAUGCAUUCGCACUCUUUCUGCUGACGGUCUUUCCGUUUAUGACGUUCAACGGAGUCUGGAUGGCAAAGAAGCAGUCUUGA